AUCCCCCAGCGAUGAACAAUUAAUUAGAGUACUUUUAGAGUUCUCACCUUGCCCUCCAGUCUUCCACAGAAACACAAUACACACAUUUGUCUCACCCUCUACUCGAACCGUCCAUUGCUCCUCUCACCCAGGCGGGCCGUCAUAACCCUCACGACUUGACUACCUAAAUAGCGAACAUGUCGCUGGACUCAAACCUCGGAAUCCCUGACGCACGGCGCAAUAACGUGGCUGCCGACCUCGAAGCCAGGUUCGACCGUAUUGAUGUCGCUUACAAGACGGUGAACAACACGCCUAUUGAGGCUGCCAUCUUCGUUCCAAAGACCCUUUCUCCCGAAGCGGGGCCCAAACCUGUUCCGGUUUUAGUGCAUUUUCACGGUGGUGCUCUUAUCGUCGGCGCCAACCCCGAUCCCUUCUUCCUCACCGACUGGAUCCGUGACUUGGCCUACACCACGCCAGCCAUCUUCAUCUCAGUAGCCUACCGCCUCGUUCCCGAAUCCCGCGCCGUAGACUCGCUCGAGGAUGCUGCCGACUUCUGGGCCUGGCUGCACGCGCACCUGUCCGCGACAGUCCAGUCCCACUGGCCGCACCUCAUCCCAAACCUCGACCGCGUCGCCGUCGCCGGCGAGAGCGCGGGCGGGUUCCUGGCCAUCCAGUCCGCGCUCCUCUUCAACCGCACCGCCAAGCUCCGCGCCGUCAUCGCGCAGUACCCGGCCUUGCACACCGACCUCACCACUUCAACCGACAAGGGCGUGCGCCCGGUCAACGACGAUCCCAAACUGAGGGCCGUGGUGGACGGCUAUCUCCAGAGCAUCAAGCCCGGCAGCGUCCGCGUGUCGACGCCGCUUCCCACGCUGGGCGCGUUCCUCGGAGCGGUGCUGCAGCGGGGCUGGCCGACGCUGUACGAGAUGUUUGGCGAGGACGACGAGGGCAGGCUGACGCUGAGGAGGGCGCUGGCCGAGGCGGAGGAGGUGCCGCCGCCGAUGUGGGUGCUUCAGGGCACCGAGGACUCCAUUAUUGAUACGCCGAGGGUCGAUGAGAUGGUCGAGAAGAUCAGGAGCCAGAGGCCCCGGGCGGUGGUCAAGUACACGAAGCGGCCCGGGGACCAUGGGUUCGAUAUCGGGAGUAGGCUCGAGGAGGACUGGGCUAAGGAGGGGGUGGAAUUUAUCAAGGGGUAUUGGCUUGGAGCGCAGUAGAGUAAAAGAGUACCUUACCUCAGGAUAAUGAACAUCCAUCAGAAGAGAUCAUAGGUUGCUGCACAAAUACGGGACACAGAAUGUGCC